AUGGCAGCUGUAGAUGCUCAAUAUCAUCUUCAGGGGGAGACCACCUGCGGUUCUUUACUGCAGCAAUUGCAGAAAAUUUGGGAUGAAGUUGGUGAAACUGAUGAGGAACGGGACAAGAUGCUUCUUCAGCUUGAACAGGAGUGCUUGGAUGUUUAUAAGAGAAAGGUUGACCAGGCUGCAGUCUCCAGAGCUCAUCUGCUACAGUCGUUAGCAGAUGCCAAAGUUGAACUCUCAACUCUUUUGUCUGCCUUGGGCGAAAAGACUUUUGUUGGAAUUCCUGAUAAGAGUACAGGAACAAUCAAAGAACAGCUUGCUGCUAUAGCCCCUGCCUUGGAGAAAUUGAUGAAGUUGAAAGAAGAAAGAAUAAAGGAAUUUUCUGAUGUGCAGUCACAGAUUGAAAAAAUUUGUGGAGAGAUUGCUGGAACAAUUGAUCGGUUGGAUAGACCAGCGGUUGACCAGUCUGAUUUGACACUGAAGAAGUUAGAUGAAUUUAAUGCUCAUCUGCAAGAACUUCAGAAAGAAAAGAGUGAGAGAUUGCACAAAGUUCUUGAAUUUGUCAGCACCAUUCAUGAUCUUUGUGCUGUGCUGGGGAUGGACUUCUAUAGUACUGUAACUGAAGUACAUCCGAGUUUGAAUGAUUCUACCGGUGUGCAAUCUAAAAGCAUCAGCAAUGAGACACUAUCAAGGUUGGCCAAGACUGUCCUUGCACUAAAAGAGGAUAAAAAGCAGAGACUGCAGAAGCUUCAAGAAUUAGCAACACAGCUAACUGAUUUGUGGAAUUUGAUGGAUACUCCUGAAGAGGAACGAAGUUUGUUUGACCAUGUCACUUGCAACAUAUCAGCUUCAGUUGACGAAGUCUCCAUUCCUGGAGCGCUGGCCCUGGAUUUGAUUGAGCAGGCUGAAGUUGAGGUUGAAAGGCUUGAUCAGCUAAAAGCAAGCAGGAUGAAAGAAAUUGCUUUCAAGAGACAGGCUGAGCUUGAAGAGAUAUAUGCCCGAGCUCACAUUGAGAUUGACUCAGAGGCUGCACGAGAGAAAAUUUUGGCUCUUAUCGAUUCUGGGAAUGUCGAACCUGCAGAUUUACUGGCUGACAUGGAAAAUCAGAUAGCAAAAGCAAAAGACGAGGCUCUGAGCAGGAAAGAGAUAUUGGAUAAGGUUGAAAAAUGGAUGUCAGCUUGCGAAGAAGAGAGCUGGCUUGAGGACUACAUGAGGGAUGACAAUAGGUAUAAUGCCAGUCGUGGUGCACAUUUGAAUCUUAAACGAGCUGAGAAGGCACGUGUUUUAGUGAACAAAAUUCCAGCUCUUGUUGAUAGCUUGGUCACAAAGACUAGAGCAUGGGAACAAGAACGUGGUAUCUCAUUUGCAUACGAUGGUGUUCCUCUUCUUGCCAUGCUAGAUGAAUACGCAAUGCUCAGACAUGACAGAGAAGAAGAGAAAAGAAGACUGAGGGAUCAAAAGAAAUUCCAUGAUCAAAUGAGCAAGGAACAAGAAGCAAUGUUUGGUUCAACACCCAGCCCGGCUCGUCAAGUUGGUGUGAAGAAAGUGGUAGGUCCACGAGCAAAUGGGGGUCCAAACGGAAGUGCAGGCAGACGAUUGUCUCUUCCGGCGCAUCAAAACGGUUCUAGAUCGGUGAACAAGGAUGGAAGGAGAGAAAGCGCAAGGCCUAUCGCACCGGUGAAUUAUGUUGCAAUAUCAAAAGAAGAUACUGCAUCACAUAUGUCGGGGUCAGAAGCGGCACCAAGUACACCAUAG